AUGAGUAGUAUAUUAAAUUGGAAUAGCUAUCGAGCAUUAUUUAAGCACAUUGAUGCUAACUAUUCCAAAAUAAGGCACCGCUUGUUUGCCUCAAAGCCAAACGCCUUAAAGCUGUUCGAAGCAUUGAUUUUGUUUCUCAGCAUCAUCAUUGCAGCUGGCUUAGUCGCAGCAUUGCAUCCAAUAUUCGAUCCAAGCCCUCGUCCAGAUUUAGAUCUCAGUUUCUUUGAAAGAAUUGGUAAAUUCAUUGGAGAUUUACUUGAUAUACUUGUAUAUCCUAUCAAAUGGCUCCUCGAACACGGAAUUAUCAAGCCACUCUGGUCAUUCGUCAAAUGGCUUGGCAAUCUCCUUUGGGCACCGUUUAAAUACCUUGGACAGCUCUUAGGUUUCAUAUACAAUUGGUUGAAGAACCUCCAUGUAGGAAAAUGGAUCCGCGAUCUUUGCAAUUCCAUCUGCAAUGGAAUCAAGCAGUUAUUAAGCAAGAUUGGAAAGUUCUUAGUUGCCAUCAAGGACUUCAUCGUCAAACUUUUCAGUGAAUCCAUUGUUAUCUUCCUCAAAAUGCUUUGGCAACUCAUUAUUUAUCCAUUCCGCCUCCUUAAGCAGGUUCUUAUCCAAAUCUGGCAUGGCCUCAUCAGAUUCAUCAUAUACACAAUCAAUGGCAUCAAAUGGAUCUUCUCCAAGAUCUUUAACGGUAUCAAAUGGUUCUUCUCAACAAUCUACCAAGGCAUCAAGUCCGUAUGCGCAGCCAUCGCCAAGUUCUUCAAAGAACACCCAUUCUGGGAAGCUGUCAUGAAGCUCAUCAACUUCAUUUGGGAAGGAAUCAAGAAACUCUUCAACCUCAUCUUACAAGGAAUCCUUUAUCCAUUCAGACUCAUUGGCCGCUCCCUCAGGUUUGUUUGGAGACAGAUUUGCAGUUUCUGCGUUGCUGUCAAGGAAUUCAUUAAGAAACACCUUCAUUGGUCUAAAUUAGUUGAACUCAUUUGCAACUUCUUCAGAUUCCUUCUUAAAAUCAUUCUUGCUCCAUUCCGUUUCAUCAAGUUUGUCUUACUUAACAUUUGGGCUGGCAUCAAGUUCAUUUUCGGUAAGAUUUGGGACUUCAUCAAACACUUUGAGCUCAUGAAAUUCAUUAUUGCAAUUGGUAAAGCCAUUGCUUAUCCAUUCAUUAAGCUUUGGCAGUUAAUUUACAUAGUACUCAAGUUCAUUUUCGUUGACAUUCCUAAAAGACUAUGGAAUAUCCCCCGUCCCACAGGUCUAAACAUUGACUGGGUGAAAUUCUUUGGAAAAAUUGGAAAGGCCAUUGCUUAUCCAUUUGUUCAGCUUUUCAAAGCAAUUUACAAGGGUUUCAAGUAUAUCUUGGAAUUAAUUGUUAAAUUCUUUGUUUCAUGCUGGAGAGGAUUCAAGAAGAUCAUUGACUAUAUUUUCAACCUCGAUUUUUGGAAAUUUGUACAGUUGUUGCUCGACAUCUUUCUUUAUCCAUUCAGACUCAUCAAGCGCUUACUCCUUGCUAUUUUCGGAUACGUUCUUCGUUUCUUCAAAUGGAUUGGCACUGGAAUUAAGAACUUCAUCAUUUGCAUUGGAACAGGAAUCAAGAAAUUCUGCAAAGCUAUCUGGGACUUCUUUGUCAAUUUACCAUUAGUUAAUUUAUUGUUGUGGCCUUUAAGAAUGAUCAAGAGAAUUGUUUUAACAAUUUCACAUUGGAUCUGGGAAUUCUUCAAGUGUUUGUGGUUCAAUUUAAUUGUCAGACCAAUCAUAUGGUUAAAGGAAAACUUACUUAAGUAUUUACUUUAUCCACUCGUUUUGAUCAAGAAAGCAUUGAAAUGGCUCGCACAUAUUUCCUAUAUUUUCUGGACUCGCAUUUGCAUUGGUUUGCACAAAUUAUGGAACUUCAUAAUCAACAUUCCAUUCCUUCGUAUUUUACUUUAUCCACUCAGACUUAUCAAGGCAAUUAUUUACGCAAUUGUCAUCAAUCCAUUGAAGAGUCUUCUUGGAUUCAUCUGGACAAUAAUCACAUGGCCAUUCUUAAACAUGCCAGGACUCAAAGUUAUUUGGGCAAGUAUCGUUCAAUUCUGGAACGAUGUUUGUAAAGAUUUCGAAAACGAAUGCUAA